AUGUUGUCACGAAUUGCGAUUAGUAGAAUAGUUGGAAGAUCGCAGUUUCCGGUGAAUUCGGCGAGUUUUUUGAGUUUUAGAGGUAAGGUUUUGGGGGGAUUUUUGAAAAAAUGAAUAAUUUGAAUUUUCUGCCUAAAAUUCAUGAUUUUGAAGUUUGAAAGGUGAAAAACUCCUGGAAAUUCAUGAGAAAAGCUGAAAGAUUAAACGUUCUAGAUUUGUGAAGCUUGGAAAUGUUGAAAACUUGAAAAUUCUAGAAUUUUGAACUUGGAACCUGAUUGAAAUCUGGAAUUUUUGAGUUUGGCAAGCUUCCAAAACUAAUUUUUAAUCAGAAAAUCAUUAAAAUUCUUUUUGGAAGCUUGCCAAGCUCAAAAAUUUCGAAUUUGUGAUCUUGGCAAGCUUCCAAGCCUCAUCUGAAGGUCUGGAACCUUGCCAAGCGUGAUUUUCAUGUUUGGCAAGCUUCCAAGAGCUAUUUUUCAUCUUGGAACCUUGCCAAGCCUGGAAAUUCAUGAUUUUCAGGCUUGGCAAGGUUUCAAAGCAAAAUUUUCACUGAAAAUCCGAUUUGGAAUCAUGCCAAGCUUGAAAAUUUUGAAUUUGUGAUCUUGGCAAGCUUCCAAGAGCUAUUUUUCAUCUUGGAACCUUGCCAAGACUGAAAAUUAAUGAUUUUCAGGCUUGGCAAGGUUCCAAAGCUAAAUUUUCACUGAAAAAUCCAAUUUGGAAGCUUGCCAAGCUCAAAACUUUUGAAUUUGUGAUCUUGGCAAGCUUCCAAGAGCUAUUUUUCAUCUUGGAACCUUGCCAAGCCUGGAAAUUAGUGAUCUUCAGGCUUGGCAAGGUUCCAAAGCUAAAUUUUCACUGAAAAAUCCUAUUUGGAACUUUGCCAAGCUCAAAAAUCAUAAUUUCUAAUCUUGGAUCGUUGCCAAUCCUUAAAAAUUUCAAUUGGAACACUGCCAAGCUCAAAAAUUUCGAAUUUGUGAUCUUGGCAAGCUUCCAAGCCUCAUUUGAAGGUCUGGAACCUUGCCAAGUAUGAUUUCCAUGCUUGGCAAGCUUCCAAGAGCUAUUUUUCAUCUUGGAACCGUGCCAAGUCUGGAAAUUCAUGAUUUUCAAGCUCCCAGGCUCAGAAAUCCCCCAAUUUUCCCGAAAAUUCGCAAAUUUUCUUCAGAAUACAGCAAUCCUUCUCCAAAAAAAGGAUUCCUCAACAAUUUAAUCGAUAAUGUUCGCGAUGAGAUGCAAAAAAACAAAGAACUUCAAGAACAUCAACAACAACUUCGAGCUCGAAUGCAAGAACUCAACGAAUCCGAUGCUCUCAAAGAUGCUCGAAAGAAAUUCGAACUCGUCGAAAAGGAGACGCUCAAAUCGUCGGAAGUUGUCAAAAUCAAAAUCGAGGAGCUCAGCGAGCAUAUGAAGAAGAUGGUGCAAGAGAUUCAGAAGACUGAGGCGGGUAAGAAAAUGACAGAAGCUGGAGAGGAGGCGUUGAAACAGGCGCGGAAAGCUGCGGAACAAAUGGAGAAGGUGGCGGAGAAGGUUGGCGAUACGGAAGUUUAUAAACAUGUUAGCACGGUGAGUGGUUUUGGGCGGUUUUGCAUUAAAAAUAGCUCUUGGAAGCUCUCCAAGCCUAAAAUUCUAGUCUUGGCAUGGUUCCAAGCUGAAAAAAAAAUUUUGGCAAGCUUCCAAAUGGGUAAAUUUCAUUAGACGCUUGCGAACUAGUUUUUGGCAUAGUUCCAAAAGAAAAUUUGCAUCUGGCAGCUUGCCAAGCCUAAAAUUUUAAUCUUGGCACGUUCCCAAGUCGAAAAAUUGCUCUUGAAAGCUUGCUAAGGCUGAAAUUGCGGUCUUGGCAAGCUUCCAAGCAGCAAAAUUUGUUUUGGCAGCGUUCCAAGAAGGUAAAUUUCUCCUGGAAGCUUGCCAAGCCUGAAAUUGCUGUUUGGCAGAGUUCCAAUUGAAACUUUUAAAGCUUGGCAACGAUCCAAGAUUAAAAAAUAAUGAUUUUUGAGCUUGGCAAGGUUCCAAAUCGGAUUUUUUAGUGAAAAUCUAGCUUUGGAACCUUGUCAAGCCUGAAAAUCACUAAUUUUCAGUCUUGGCACGGUUUAAAGCUAGGAAAUGAGGUCUGGAAGCUUGCCAAGCCUAAAAUUCUGGUCUUGGCAUAGUUCCAAAGCGAAAAAUUGCUCUUGGAAGCUUGCCAAGGCUGAAAUUCUGGUCUUGGCAUGGUUCCAAGAGGUAAAAUGAACCUUGGAAGGUUGCCAAGCCUAAAAUUCUGGUCUUGGCACGUUCCCAAGUCGAAAAUUGCUCUUGGAAGCCUGCCAAGCCUAAAAAUCACUUACUCCUAUACUUGGCAAGCUUCCAAGACGAUUUUCUCUCUUGGAACCAUGCCAAUUGAUUUUUGGCACUGUUCCAAAACCAAAAAAUCGUUGGAAAAUUGAACGUGAAACAGUUUUAAUGAAAAAAACGUCAAAAUUAUUGAAUUUUCUAGCAAAAUCCCUCAAAAAUUCCCAAUUUUCCUCAAAAAUUCAAAUUUUUCAGUCAAUGAAAACGGUAAAGGACGAAAUCGAUAGUAUCGCCGAUGUUCGAAUGUACAGCCGGCCCGAAACUUUGACCAAAAGAACCGACGGAUUCGAAUUGGAAAAAGAUCGAGUUGUCGAGGCAAAUGAGUGAGUUUUGGGUGAAAAUUGAUGAAUUUUGAGCCGAAAAACUGGAAUUUUCGUGAACAUUGAUGAAUUUUGAGCCAAAAAACUGAGAUUUUCAUGAAAAAUGAUGAAUUUUGAGCUAAAAUUUGACCCCAGGACCUCUAAAAUUCAUCUGAAAAUCUUCCAGCGAUGCCACUGAUGUUACACUUCACAAAGAUUCGAAAUGGUCAUCUGGAUGGAAGAAUUUCUCGGAAAAUAAUGCGUAUUAUCACAGUAAGAUUUGAAUUUGGGGUGAAAAUAGCGAUUUUUAGCUGAAAAUGCUGAAAAUAUCGAUUUUUUAGCUGAAAAUCAUGAAAAUAUCGAUUUUUUAGCUGAAAAUGCUGAAAAUUUCAGCCAAAAAUCAAUAUUUUUGCAGAACUUCUCGACUGGAAGAUGAAAUAUGAGGAAUCGGAUAAUGUUGCGGUUCGAAUGAUGAGAGGAGUUACUGAGAGAAUCGGAAGCAUGUUUUGUGAGUUUUUUUGGGGCUGGAAAUUCUGAAAAUUGAAAAAUUUCAUGAAAUUUGGAGCAUUUUGAGCUUAAAGUUCGAAUUUGGCCCCAAAAUGUUAAAUUUCACAAGAUUCGGAGCAUUUUGAGCUCAAAAAACUGGAAUUUCAGAGUUUUGAGCUGGAAAUCGCCAAAAACUAGUUAAAAUUUGAGAAAUUUGAUGAAAUUUGGAGCAUUUAAAGCUAAAAACUGCAAAUUUUUGUGCAUUUUAAGCUGGAAAUCAUAAAAACUCGAAAAAAUUCAAAUUUGGCGCGAAAAUUCAAAAUUCAAAUUUUUGUUCCAGCCGGUCAAAACGAAGUCAGUGAAGUGCUAACAGAAAUCCACAAAAUCGACGCGAAAUUCGACAAAGUCGAAUGGCUCAGGUUUUGCGAGACAAAAGUGAGUGAUUUUUGGCUGAAAAUCUGAAAAAAUCUUGAAUUUCAGCUCAAAAUCCAUCAAAAAUGAUGAUUUUUGGCUUAAAAAUCAUCAUUUUUGACCAAAUUUUCAGCCAAAAACCACAAAAAAUUUCCAGAUAAUCCCAAAUAUUCUGGAAGCUUUCAUUCGUUUCGAUCUGGAAGUUCUACAAUCUUGGUGUCAUGAAAGAGCUUAUACACAAUUGUCUACCGUAGUCAAAGAAUAUCAGAAGAUGCAUUAUCGAACGACGGAUUCGAGAAUUAUUGAUAUUUCUAAAGUUGAGGUACGGUAUUUUGCGGGGAAAUUUGAGGAAAAAGGAGAAAGUACAGUAUUUUUAAAGGAGCAUACAGUAAUUUUGAAGAAAAGUUUUAAAAAAACCUGAAAUUAAUAAGAUUACGAUAUUUCUAAAGGAACAUGCGAUAAUUUUCUCAAAAAAUUUGAAAACUGUAUUUUUAAAGGCACAUACAGUAAUUUUGAAGAAAAGUUUAAAAAAAACCUGAAAUUAAUAAGAUUACGGUAUUUUUAAAGAAGCAUACUGUAAUUUUUUCAAAUUUUUUUUUGAAAAACCGGAAAUUAAUAACAAUACGGUAUUUUUAAAGGAACAUAAAUUAAUUUCUUUGAAAAAUUUGAAAGGACUACGGUAUUUUCAAAGGAACAUACCUUUUUCUCUGAAAGUUCUAUUUUAUAUUGAUUUUUAAAGGAACAUACCGUAACCCUCUCAGAUAUCUACAGUAACCUAACUAAUUUUAAAGGAUCAUACCGUAUUUUUUUUCAGAUGGUCUCCGGAAAAAUGAUGGAACAGGGUCCAGUGUUAAUUAUCACCUUCCAAGCCUUUAUGAUAAAUGUGACGAAAAAUGCGGAUAAUAAAGUUGUCGAAGGAGAUCCGGUAAGUCGCAUUUUUGGGUCUCGAGGGGAAGAUUUUGGCGCCAAAAAUCUACAGUAAUCCUGGAGGUUAAUUUGGCGCGAAAAUCCGGUGAAAAUUGGGCGAUUUUGAAUGGAAAACAUUAUCGAUUUUCGCGCCAAAUUGCAUCUACAGUAAUCUUGGAGUUCAUUUGGCGCGAAUUUCAAAAUUAUAUUUUCCCGCCAUCUACAGUACUCCUAGAUUUUGGCGCGAGAAUUCGAAUUUUCAAAAAAAUCUGAAAAAAAAUUAAAAAUCGAUUUCUCGCGCCAAAUUGCAUCUACAGUAAUCUUGGGCGCGAUAUUCAAAAAUUUCAAAAUUUAAAACUUUCCCGCCAAAAUCUACAGUACCCCCUUCGAAAUUUUCGUUUCAGGACACACCAAAACGAAUCAAUCACAUUUGGGUUUUAUGUCGAGAUAUUGAGGAAUACAACCCGGCUACAGCUUGGAAAUUAUUAGAAGUUCAUAUGCAAGAUACGCCGCUAGCCGUGUAA